ACACUUAGAAAUUCGAAGUUUUUUUUCUUCUAUUCCUUCACUCGAACUUAAUGAAUGGGCCCCUAAGUGUUGUUUAACUGAACAAAAACGUGUUUAUCUCCUCUAAUAUUGAGCUUCUUUUUCCUGCCCAUAUUAGUGUAAUGUCAGGCUUCACACAAUAAAAUCUAAUCACAUUUACAUGAUGCAAGCUGUUUUCCCGAUCUGACAUCUCAUCCAAUGGUUUUGUAGCAAUAAAAUUUAGGUGGAUUAAUAUCAAACUGAGGCAGUGAUGGUACAUUAAAUUCAGAUUGAUUUGUCUGAAAUCCCAGCCUUUUGAAGCAAUCACAUUUGUGCACUUCUCUCAUAAUCCUCAUUUAAUAGCGAUCAUUCUGUACCAUCCAAUAAUAUCCUUUCGAGGGAUGAAGCAGGAAAGCCAAAUGGAGUUCAUUGGGAUAAUGCAGAGGACUGUGAUUCUUUGUUUAGUGGAUGCAGCAAUAAUAGCCCUGGAAAUCAGAUACACAAGAUUGGUAGAUAUUUGUGAAAUGACCCAGUCUCAUGGGAAAAGGGAUGUUUGCCAAGAUAUUAAAUGCUGUGCUUUUUGUGCAACCAAUUUAUGCUAUUUGGGCAUGUUACCGAUCCUGCCCAUCAAACUGUGUUUGCACUCAGGAACGAAGCUGCUCGGUUUUGUGUGAUCGAAUUGGACUCCCAGAGAUCCCCAAGGAAUUCCCUUGUGAAGCUUCUUUUAUUAACCUUGACAAAAAUAACAUCAAAUUUCUAUAUGAAAGAGCAUUUGGGACUCUGCCUUUAUUGAAAGAGCUCUCGCUGAGUCACAACAACAUAUCCUUCAUCACUCCGGGGGCUUUCAAAGGGCUUCCUAACCUGACUGAGCUGAAAAUGGCACAUAACCAGUACAUUCGCUAUUUGCACACUCGAACAUUUUCAGUUCUGAAGAAGCUUGUUAAACUUGACCUAGCCGACUGCAACCUUUUCAACAUCCCAGACAGAAUUUUUGUGGAACUCCCAUCUCUUCACCAGCUUAUCUUUUUUCAAAAUAAUUUCCGAAGUAUACCAGGUGCUAUCAGGGGAAUGGAGAAUUUAACUCAUAUUUACCUGGAGAGCAACAGAAUUGAAGCUGUGGCCUAUAAUUCUCUCCAAGACCUGAUCAACCUAAAGUAUCUUAACCUCCAAGACAAUAAAAUUAAUGUAAUACAUGACAGGUCUUUCCAAGACUGUCAGAAACUGGAAUAUCUCUAUCUUAAUGACAACUUAUUGAAUGAGUUACCAGAAAAAUCUUUCAAAGGCUUAAAGUGUUUAAAGAUGCUAAACCUGGGUGGAAAUUUUAUAAGGAAUGUGUCAAGUGCGUGGUUUCAGGAUUUAGUAGAACUAGAGGUUCUCUAUCUUGACCGGAACAGAAUAAGUUACAUUGAAGAAGGGGCCUUUGAAAACCUCACUAGCUUGGUAACGUUGCAUCUAAACAGCAACAAUCUAACCACUUUACCUUUUGAAGUGUUCAGACCAGUUUAUUUUUUGGGUAGACUUUUUCUCUUUAGGAAUCCCUGGGAAUGUGACUGCAGGAUAAAAUGGUUACAAGACUGGAUGGAUAACUAUAAACUUGUCCGCGACGUACCCUGCACAGCACCAGCAUUGGUGGCAGCCAUGGACCUGAGUAAUAUACUGUUUAAGAAGUCACAGGAUGGAGUCUGCCUGGACCCAACUGACCAAAACGUUACAUAUUUUGUCCCACUACCUACAGAUCGACUUCAGUCACCAAUGGAAACCAAACUAAGCAGCCUUAUCUCGAGGCUUCUCUUACCAAGAGGAAAUUAUGAAGAUCCUGUAAAUAUAACAGAUUCUUUAGACAAUACUACAUUAUCUGCUUGGAAGAACAUUGCAUCCUCCCUAGGUCUUUCAGUGCAAGCAAUGACCUACGUUUUGUGCUUUAUUCUAUCUGAAGUAUUUCUGCUGCUCUAAAUGGUCAGAACUUCCUCCUUUAACUAAGGAAUUGAAUGACAUUUGAUGAAAUAUACUAGACCAGCAGGUAUGUAGAGCCUCAUCUUUCUUAUCUCAGCGGACUUAAAUGGAAGGUAACAUGCUAUACUGGGUAUAUUUUCGUAUAUAUUUUUCUAUGAGGGAAAAAAUUGUAUCCAGAGGCUUUAUGCCAAAAGGGAGCAAAAUGGAACUACAUGGUUAAAGUCUUUUCCCAAAGGUAAGAAAAGUUCUGAGAAUACCUGAAUGAAUAUCCAGAAAAAUAUUGCCAUUAUCAUAUGGAAGAUACAAAUGUUUUCUUAUGAUCUAUUGUUGGAAACAUGGGUUAGAUAUUAUGAUGCUAUUUGUUGUGUAAUAACAGUAAUUAUGUCUAAAAGACUCAUAUCCCACCUUUUUUUUUUGGAAAUGUAUGGAAUAUUUUGAUACCAGAAAGUUUCUUGUGACUCCAGGUCUGCCAGGUUUGACUGAAUUCUGAACUGAAUUCAAACCCUCAUGGGGGAGAUUUAUCAACGUAGAAAUUCUAAUUUUCCAAUUAUGCUAAGAAAAUUGAGUUACUGUAUGUAGACGUCUAAGGGAGUCGUCUAUGGCAUGUUUUUCAAUUUGAGUUCUUCAAAUUUUUCUAAGCAUCGAAAACGAGUAAAAAUUUAAACUAUUCCAGUUUUUUCAAAAAAUUUAUUUAUAGUUUAUCUGAAAUAGGAAACACCUCUAACAUGACACAAAGUUGAAUUUUGAUAAAUAAGCACAUUAAAGUUAUUUGACUUUA